AUGGAGCAGACCGGCGGCAAGGGCGACCACGACUCGCGGCUGAUGCGCGACCUCUGCACGCUGCUCGUCACCAUCAUCGCCCCCGUCGCGGCGGCGUCCUCGGUGGACUCGCCCCGGAGGCCCGUGGCGCGGCGCCCGCGGGGCGGCAUGUCACCGGCGAGCGCGGCGUCGAUGCUUCUGGGCGCGUCGAUGGCGCUGAUGCUGUGCGGGUCCGUGACGUUCGCCAUCGGUUUCCUCCUCAUGCCGUGGGUCGCCGGCGUCGCGCUGCUCUUCGGCUUCGCCGGCGUCAUCUCCACCCUCUCCUCCGGCCUCCUCCCCUCGUCCUCGCCGUCCUCCUCCAAGGAUAAGGAGCGACGGCUGCUGAUGCCGACGCAAGGGCGUGUCCGUGCCUCUGCCCCGAUGAGCUCUGUCCCGGAUAAGCUCGUGGCGUGGCGUUGA